UUGCUACAUGGUAGCCAUUGUUAUAAGAAUGAUAGAAAUAUAUAUACCAUUCUAAUUAGAUAAGAAAGAGCCAGUAGAACUCAGAGGUGUCUUCUGGCUACUAAGAAUUCAAGGAGAUAACGGUCGGAAAACCUUCCCAGAUACUUUUGUUCUCUCUUAAAUGUGAAAAAUCAGUCUUCAAUUCAUGAGAUAGGAGUAACUUGAAAGAGAAAGAAAAGGAGUAUUCACAGUUGCUUGAUUAUUAUGUGUUUUUUUUUACCUCAACCUAUGAGAAAUGUUUCUGAGAGUAAGAGUAUUCUCGUCGCAGAAAUCAGAGAUUCCGUUCACAAAACAAAACCGAUUACUGGCAUAGCUAGGAAAAUGAAAGGCAAUAUACAGUAUGCUAAUCAAUGCAUUUGGCUUUAAGUAUUUAGUGUAAUGCAUUUGGCUUUAAGUAUUUAGUGUAAUCCUCUUUUGUUCUUCACCUAUAGUUUUUAAGCAGCACCAUUAUAAAGAUUCUUAAAGCUGAUGUGAAUAUAUAUUUAUAAACAAGAUUCUCAAUCUCAUCUACCUCUACAGUCUGCAAAUCGGAAUUGAUGCAUUAACUGUCAGUGGCAGCCUUUCUUUUCCCUGGUUUUAAGUGGCAAAAUCUGACCUUUGUAGCUGUUUGUUUCCAGGUCUGCUGGAAAUAAGCAAGCUGUUGCUCUGUUAGAUCUUGUAGUCUGCUUUCCAAUUCUCCUGUUCUGCAACUCCUUAAAAACAAACAAACAACCUCAAGUUUUCAAAUGAUAGCAUUGGGAUUUGAUGUCUGGAUGAAUCCUUCUUAACAGCUUGCUCAGAUAAAGCUACAGGCUCUGCAGGCUCUUGAGUAGGCUUAAGAAAUGGUUGUUCCUUUAUUUUUUUUACUAUUUUUUUUUUUUAGGAAUGGGAAGUUUAGUGCUGUUGCAGAAAAACACAAAAGAGUGUCUGUACAGGGUCAGAUCAAAUGUCUGUGUACCCCAGGAUCAUUUCUCCAGCAGUGGCCAAAAGUGGGUGCCUAGGGAGGAACAGAAGAAUGAGGCACAUCAUGUUUUUUCCCUUGAGUGCUUUUGGAGCCCCCAAAUAUGUGCUACUCAAACCUUUUGAAUCAUGGCUGUACUUUAAACAUAGAAAAUGGUAACGAUCUGAGACCUUUGGGUAAACAGGAUACUGGUGAACAGGAUUCUUUCUCUGCUGACCCAAAUAACAACACGCUCAGUAAAUGGCAAAGAUGUUUUCUGGGGAAAGCAACAAAUUGGUCAUGGUUUUUUUAGGAAUGUUUAAAUAUUUAAGCAAGGAAUGACACCUUGUUUAAAAAAAAAAAAAAGUUUCAAGUAAGAUGGAAAGAGAAUUCGAGAAGUUUAAAGAGAAACAGCAUUUGGUUUGUGAACUCCCAAAUCAAUGUGAAAAGGAAGCUAGGUCAGGACAGGCCACAUCUGGGCUCAGACUAAGUAAGCUGCUUUCUAUUCCGGGAAGCUCAGGAGGAGAUGUGAGAGACAUCAUCUAACGAUGAAAUGAAGCAGCAGAAUUUGUGUUGUACUCAGUUUGCAUCUUUUGGUAAAAAUACUUUAAAACGCUUCUCUUGGCAUGUGUUCUAUUAACAUAGCUGUUACCUGCAGCUAGAAAAGUAUGGAAAGGAUGAUCUUUGAAGUUAAAGGAAGGUAAUGGCUAAAGGAGGUUCCUGUACCUGUCAUCCUUUUUGGAAAGAACAUAAUGUGUUGGAACGAUUUCUAAGUGUCAUUAGCUUUUUUUUAAGAGGUCAGUUUGGAUAAUAUUUGCUUGCUCUGACUUGUGGGCUUCAAAAGGUACUUGAUCAAGAACUGUGCUCUCAGCUUUUUUUUUUUUCUUUUUGGAAGUAAAGGCAAAAGGAUGAUUCAUUUUCUGGAUUCUCUUGUCUUCUCCCUUCCCAGUCUAUGAAAAUAGCAAGCUUGAAAAAUCAGCAUUAAAAGUGUUCCGCAUAAACAAAGCUUAUAGUUUGUACAAAGAUAGGAGACGAGAGUUCAAUCUAGUUUGUCUAGAAAACAAGUGUGUGCAGAGGUUUAAUAAACCAGUCAGCUGCAAAUAGAGAUGAUGAAUUCUUGGCAAUAACAAUCAAAUGACUGGUCUUAAUUGCAAGAUACUGCCUAGACACAGGAAACCACCAGAACUCAUUGUCUAGAUUUGUCAAUUUUACCAAAAUUUUCAUGACAUAUGUUUAAAAUAUUUCCUUCUUUCUUCUGCCUGUGGUACGAAGCAGUUCCCACCCAUUUGACGUUACAGAUUAAAUGAUUUAGAUGCAUUGGCUCUUGGUGGUGGAACAAUCUGCCUGGAGGUUAAAGUAGUUCAUAGAACAAGCAGCCAUCCUUUUUUUUUUUUUUUUUUUAAUACUGCUUAAUUUCAGCCAACUCUUUUAAAUGGAUGCAGUAUUCAUUCUCUUGGCUAAAAUUGGUUAGAGAGUCUUAUGCAAAGUAGAAGCUCUAUGUGCUUCACGUAUGUGCUGGACUGUCUGCAACAGCUAUUUGGUCCCUCUGUCCAAACAAGAAAAGAUGACUGUGAUUUGAAGUAGGCCAGAACCGAGGGAUAUUGAGGGAGAACCUGGAUGGGGCUGUUAACGCUACGAAUGGUAAUGCGUUGUUCCAGCCCAGAAAUUGCUUUAGUAGUGUCAGAGGAAUUCAGCUCAGUCCCCAGAAGUCUUUCCUUUAAUUGGAGAAGUUUUUCUCCUGCCCACCCACCCCCAUUUCCUGUAGGCAACGGUCAUACGUUAGUAAUCACGACUUUUUCCCUUCUCUGAAUUACAAGCCCAAGUGAGGUCUUUUGGACUCCUUCUUUGUGGGCCACAGUGUAGCUGGGGACAAAUGAUGAUCCAUCAUUUUAUUUUUUCUUUCUGCUAAAUGGUUUCAGGGUUUUGAUUCUUGAGUUUUUAACAGAAGCACCUUUUUCUUUUUGACUACUGUCUGAAAUACGCUCCUUUAAAAUCCUCCUGCAUGAAGUUACCAGGAGAAGCAGCUUAAAUCCAAAUGUAAUGCACCAUUGCUCAUUAUCUGGGCAAGAAAACUGUCAUCCAUUCAAUUACAUGAUUUUUCCAUCUUUCCAAACCACCUGGAGAACUCCACCAGAAUGACCAGCAAUCUCUCAGACUGCCAUUACUGCCUGCAGUCUCUCCGUGGAAGGAAGUAUGCAUUAAGGGAAGAAAAUGCUUAUUGUGUUAGAUGCUAUGACAACCUGUUUGCCAACCCCUGUGAGGAGUGCAAGCAACCUAUUGAAUGCGAUUCCAAGGAUCUGGCCUACAAAGGCCGCCACUGGCAUGAGAGGUGCUUCAAGUGCACCAAAUGCAGCCGCUCUCUGGUGGAGAAACCAUUUGCUGCCAAGGAUGAGCUCUUACUCUGUACUGAAUGCUACUCCAAUGAGUAUUCAUCAAAGUGUUUUCACUGCCAGAAGACCAUUAUGCCUGGUUCCCGUAAAAUGGAAUUUAAGGGAAGCUCCUGGCAUGAAUCCUGUUUCGUUUGUCAGUAUUGCCAGCAACCACUGGGAACAAAACCACUGAUCACCAAAGACAAUGAGAAUUACUGCGUGCCCUGUUUUGAGAAACAAUUUGCUCAUCAUUGCUACUCCUGCAAAAAGGUAAUAACUUCUGGGGGAGUAGCCUACCAUGACCAGCCUUGGCAUAAAGAGUGCUUUGUGUGUGCUGGAUGUAAAACUCAGCUGUCUGGGCAAAGGUUUGUUUCCAAAGAUGAGUAUCCAUACUGUGUGGACUGUUUCAACAAGUUUUAUGCUAAGAAGUGUGCUGCUUGCAAGAAACCUAUUACAGCUCUUGGAGGUGCCAAAUUUGUCUCAUUUGAAGAGCGUCAGUGGCAUGAGGAAUGCUUUAACUGUGCAAGAUGCUCUGUCUCGCUGGUGGGCCAAGGAUUCCUCACCAAGCAGGAUGCGGUCCUUUGCCAUGAAUGUGGUUCAUCAUAGUUUUGUGGAGAGCUAUAAAGAUGCAUUAUUCUCACUAUAUAACCAUGUACUUUGUUACUCUGCAGUAAGAAAAUAAUCUGAAAAGUGUAUCACUUAUUUAGUAAUUCAAGUAACUUUCCAACAGCAGUUUAAUUCCAUCACAGUUCUGAACUACUUGUUAUAUAAAUAAAUAAAUAAACAGCCACAUACUGGCUCAGAAAACAGCGCAGAACAGAUUAGUAUAUAUUUUAAAUAUAACAGCAGUAUGUUUCUCCUUGUUACACAGUGCACUCUGCUGUUAGAAACGUUACCUUUCUUUUCCCAUGAACCAAGGAGGUGUAUAGAAAGUCUGUGUGACAUAUGACUAGUUAUGAUGUAUUAGCAUUGCAAAUGAGGAGAAGGUACAUGUACACAAAGAGACACCAAGUCAGGGAAGUCCAUUCCAGGGCCAGAGAAAUGGAUAAAAGGUCUCUUUCCUCUCUUUAUUGAGAUUGUUGAGAUUGCUCCUCAAAAAAAUAAAAAUUCCCGUAAAUUUAGUCAUCCAAAAAACUGAAUGACAGGUCCUUUCCCAAAAGUGGUUAAUUGCAUUUUUUUUUUCAGGCAUAAAUGUUUUAGAACACAAACAAACCCUUUUUUAUUUUAUUUUUUUAAUCUACUAUAAGAUUUAAGAUUUAUAUUUACUGUAAGACAUGUAAGAGGUACAGACUGCCCAAGAUUGGAUACUGGUAAUGUAUAGUUUCCCGUAGCUAAUAUGACUUAAAACUCUGUCUCUGUUAUCUUCACUAGACCUUCAAGUGCACUCUUAAAAUAUAGUUUCUCUCAGUAGAGGCAAGAGCCAACUCACAGUUGUCCCCUUAAACUUACCUUUUUCCUCCCUUCAAAACGCAUUUGCCAGCAAUCAAAAUACCGUUAAUGGCUUUACCAUUUCUGCACUGCAGUCUUUGAUUCACAGUCUACUCCUUUUCUUGUAAAUGUCUGCUUGUCUGUAGCAAACUAUAAGCGGUUCAGAGCCAAUACCUGGUUCAUUUUGUCAUGUGCCACAUGCCUUUGCCAAUAUUAUGUCAAGAAUUUGUAAUGUUGCCAUCGCAGAGUAGGUAGCACUCGCAUGUAGUACAAGGUAUUAGUUUCUAUUUCCUUGUCUCACACUGCAUGCAUGCUGUAUAUUACAGUGGCCUGACUCGUGCUGCAGUAUCUCUACCAGGCCAUGGUGUAGGGUACAGUGCUUCUGCACCCCUUAGAAGUGGCUUAUUCCUCAUCUCACGCAUCUGAAAAUCAUUCUCCUUUAGACUCUGACGUUAAAUGCUUACAGUUAUUUGGCUGACUUGAGAGUGCUUUAUUCUUACUGAAUUAUGUAGAUGCUGCUUUAGGUAGAAAAGGGAGAAAAAAAGAACAUGUAAGCAUAGGUAAGCCAGAGCUGUAUGGCAGUGGCAUAAAAUCAACAAAUACAUAGCCGUCUAUUUCCCAAUCAAUAAAGUAUUAAUCUUCUGCUA